UUGUAAUAAAUAAAAAGCAACCCAGCGAAAGAAGCCAAAACGCGAAAGAGAGAGAGAGAGAGAGAGAGGGAAGAGUAAAGCAGAAAAGAAAGAUAGAAGAAGAGGAAGAGCGAGUUUGCUCGUUCUCCGUUUCCUCGGAAUUGCGCGAUUCCGUUGUUUCCCCUUUCCCCGAUUUCGAUUUCGAUUUCAAUUUUCGAAUUUCUCCUUCUUCCGGGUCUGAAAAUGGAGCACUUUCUCUUCCCUUCUUCUCUAGCUCUGUGAAAAAAAGAAGAAGCGUGCCUGUAGUUCGGGAGGAAUCAGGGAGGGAGAGAAUUGGAUUCCUCCAUCCUUCGUUCGGUUUUCUGCUGUUUGUUGAAGAGUUAGUUUGUGGUCUCGAACCAUGGGGCUCUGCACCUCCAAACCCUCCACGGACCGGAGCAUCCACGUCUCGUACCCGCAACCCGACCCGCCGGUCGUCGACGGCGGCGGAGGGGAGAGGCCGGAAGCGUCGAGCGCCGACGAGAGCUUGACCUCCGACGAUCAGAGGACGAAGGAGAGGGCGGAGCUGGAGAAUGUCAAGAAGUCGCCCUUCUUCCCCUUCUACAGUCCCAGUCCAGCGCACUACUUCUUCUCGAAGAAGUCUCCGGCGAGAUCUCCGGCUCCGAGUGGUCCCGCUGGCGGCAACGGCACGCCGAAGAGGUUCUUCAAGCGGCCGUUCCCCCCGCCGUCUCCGGCGAAGCACAUACGAGCUGUUCUGGCGAGGAGGCAUGGCUCCGUGAAGCCCAACGAGGCGUCGAUUCCCGAAGGGAGUGAGGUGGAAGGGAUGGCUGGGCUUGACAAGAGCUUCGGAUUCUCUAAGCAUUUCGGGAACAAGUACGAGCUGGGGGAUGAGGUCGGGAGAGGCCAUUUCGGUUACACUUGCGCCGCUAAAUUCAAGAAGGGCGAGCUCAAAGGACAGCAGGUUGCCGUCAAGGUCAUCCCGAAAGUGAAGGUAUAAAUAAUUGGGCCGAUCUUGGAUUUCCCCGCAGCAAAUUUGACCCUUCCAAUCCUUAUUUUUGGCUUUUGCUGUAGUCAACGAGGAGUGGUUUUUGGCGUUUUGGACUCUAGAUCUGCAGGUCUUGUAGAGUUUUCCUGCACUUAAUUGGUCCAUUCACUUAGAAGAGUAAUCUAAGUCUGGGUUCUCAUGGCUUUCUGGGGAAAUUGCCGGAAGAGAUAUGGGAAUUGCUCGGUGAAUUUUUUUGGUUCAGAAUUGAACUAUGCAGACUGGGUUUUUGGUAGGUUAGCACUCCUACAGUACAGUUACAAGGAAGCAGAAACCACCAUUUUUGGUUUCCUCACCCUCAAUGUUCAAGUUUCUGAAAGAGAUUGUGUGAAAAAGGCGGUUGAUCUUCCAUCUCUGGUUUUGAGGCUCCCUUGUUCCAACUUCAUGUUGCAUGGAGACCGAUUCAUCUUCUGUCGGCAAAUUUGAAUGACCACAGCAAUUGCAAUUGAAGAUGUGAGAAGGGAGGUCAAAAUAUUACGAGCAUUGACUGGACACAAUAACCUAGUGCAAUUCUAUGAUGCAUACGAGGACAGUGAUAAUGUAUACAUUGUAAUGGAGUUGUGUGAAGGAGGAGAGCUUUUGGACAGAAUUCUUUCCAGGGGAGGAAAAUAUUCAGAGGAGGACGCAAAGACAGUAAUGAUACAAAUAUUAAAUGUUGUUGCAUUUUGCCAUCUACAGGGUGUGGUGCACCGGGAUCUUAAACCCGAGAAUUUCCUCUUCACUUCCAAGGACGAGGACUCACAACUGAAGGCCAUUGACUUUGGUUUGUCCGACUUUGUUAAGCCAGAUGAGAGAUUGAAUGACAUUGUUGGCAGCGCUUAUUAUGUAGCACCUGAAGUUCUACAUAGAUCAUACGGCACGGAGGCUGAUGUCUGGAGUAUAGGUGUGAUAGCUUAUAUUCUAUUAUGUGGCAGCCGUCCGUUUUGGGCCCGGACCGAAUCAGGAAUAUUUAGAGCUGUUCUAAAAGCCGAUCCAAGCUUUGAUGAAGCGCCUUGGCCAUCCAUGUCCCCUGAAGCACGGGACUUUGUUAAACGACUACUGAAUAAAGAUCCUCGAAAAAGAAUUACUGCUGCCCAAGCCUUGAGUCAUCCAUGGAUUAAAAGUUCCAAUGAUGUUAUUAAAGUCCCCCUCGAUAUAAUAGUAUUCAAGCUCAUGAAGGCUUACAUGCGUUCGUCAUCUCUUCGUAAAGCCGCUUUGAGGGCCUUAUCUAAAACAUUGACCGUAGAUGAGCUAUUCUUUUUGAAAGAGCAGUUUGCAUUGUUGGAACCAAACAAGAAUGGGACAAUAAGCCUAGACAAUAUCAAAUCGGCGUUGAUGAAACAUGCGACAGAUGCUAUGAAGGAAUCUCGGAUCCCUGAUUUCCUAGCAUCGCUGAAUGCGCUCCAGUACAGAAGGAUGGACUUUGAAGAGUUCUGUGCAGCUGCAUUAAGUGUCCAUCAGCUUGAGGCUCUAGACCGGUGGGAGCAACACGCUCGUUGUGCCUAUGAACUCUUCGAUAAGGAUGGGAACAGGGCCAUUAUGAUCGAAGAACUUGCGUCGGAGCUUGGCCUCAGCCCAUCCGUCCCUGUUCACGCGGUUCUGCACGAUUGGCUUAGACACACCGACGGGAAGUUGAGCUUUCUGGGUUUUGUGAAGUUGUUGCAUGGUGUGUCUAGCCGGACGUUUGCAAAAGCUCAAUAGCAGCAGCAUCAGUCACUGGAAGAAAAAAGGAAUCCGACCCUCGAGUUACUCCAUAGGCGUGGCGUCUUAUUUUUCCAUAAAACUCAGAACCUAGCUCUGGAGACAUUGCUGGGCACACCGGGGGUAAAUUUUCACUCUGCGAUUCGGGAAUCCGUUACAUGUGUUCUUGUAGUCGACCUCUUUGCCACAGAAAUUUGGGGUUUUGGAGGGUGGUGUUCUGGAAGUUGUCAAUGUAAAGUUGUAGUUAAGAAAGUAAAAAAAGCAAAGGGGAAGUUUGUGUGUUAAGAAUAGAUCAUUGGGCAAGAGGAAGGGAACCCUGAAUUCACCUCAUCAGCUUAUCUCACCUUUGGCUCCCAACCCAAUGUGUCCAUUGAUUGUCCAUCAUCAUGAUUUGUGAAGAGAGAGUUUUAAUGUUCAUCAUUGCUUUGCUCUGCCGUUUUAACACUGUUCUAGUCAACAAAGUGUAUUUGUCCUCAGAUCCCUCUUGUCUCUCCCUCUGUUCUUUCCUCUUUUCUUUCUUUAUCAUUCUGACUGGAUCUCGAUGUGCAAAGCAAAGCCAUCAAAAUCCACCGUACUGGAAUGGAAAAUCCUUCCAAAAGCUGGAAAAAGGCUGCUUCGAGAUUGCCCACUCGAAAAAGGGGUGGUGGGUUUACUUGUACGUUCCAUGAAAUCCCAUUUAGGGCAAUGCUCUUCUUCCUUCUCCAUUGUGCUAAUCCACCUAUGUAGAGGAAACACUGCCUAUAAUAGAA